UUUUUUGCUCUUUUUCCCGAACCUGCCUCGAAACCAAGGUAGAAGAGAGAUGCUAUAUUUGGGAAAAUCGGAAGUCUUUGAUAUUCAUAACACUGUAUGAAACCUGCCGAGAUCGGAUCCGAACCCGGACCCGUGUCCGAGUCUCACGCUUUUUUUACAAGACCCUCUCAUUUCUCUCGUUUUCCCAGUCGUCCCGUUUCACUUUUCCAAGUUCCCUUGCGUGAAUUUUGCUUCUUGUGCUCGCGGAGAAUCUAAAGCACGUCGCUUUCGUGCUUUAAACGCGUCGAAGAUCGAAUCUCGUGAUCCCGCUUUUGGUUUUUCUCGGUUAUGAAGGUAAUCCGCUAAUCUGGGUUAGCUAAAAGUUCUCUGAUUUGCAUCGAUGUCAUUCAAUAGUUUGUGGAAUACCGGCUUUAUGGGUAUGUAAUCCUGAGUUGGGAGAAAAUGGAGAUGGAAGUUUCCGAGACGAAUCAUCGCGAAAAAUAUGGAUCCUUGGGGACCCAAUUGGAGAAAUCCGAGAUUGGAUCAUCCGAUCACCAGCAAUUCCAUUAUAUGAAUGCGCUCGAGAUCCUGAGGGAAACAGUACGGAUUCUCCGGUACAACCUAGGAGCUUUCAUGUUGACUACUGCUGUUUUGAUCUGUCCUGUUUCUGCCAUUCUCUUACCGAACCUGUUAGUUGAUGAAUCAAUAGUCAAGAGAUUCACAGUAAGGUUGCUGAUAGUUGCAAAGUCCAACGGCCUUCCUCUGAAGCCCUUUGUGAAACACUCGUGCCAGAAAUUUGCUGAAACAGCUGUUUCAUCGGCGAUGUGCUUUCCAUUGUUCAUAACCCUGUCACUCUUGUCGAGAGCAGCCGUUGUUUACUCCGUGGAUUGCACUUACUCGAGGAAAAAGGUUGAUAUAAGCAAGUUCAUUGUCAUUGUCCAGAGGUUAUGGAAACGGCUUGUCCUCACCUACUUAUGGAUGUGUAUGGUCAUCGUCGGUUGCCUCACAUCGUUCUGCGUCCUUCUCAUCACAAUCUGCAGUUCCUUUUCGGUUCUCGGCUUCUCUCUCGAUUUCAACGCCCAUGGAGCCAUAGUGGUGGGCAUGGUUUUCUCCGUCGUUUUCGCGGAUGCAAUCAUAAUAUGCAACACUGGGAUAGUGAUAUGCAUACUGGAAGACGUGUCGGGAGCAGGAGCAUUGGUCAGAGCCAUUGAUCUGAUAAAAGGGCAGACACAGGUGGGUUUGCUGAUAUUUCUCGGAUCGACAAUAGGGUUGGCGUUUGUGGAAGGAUUGUUCGAGCACAGAGUGAAGACACUGAGUUAUGGAGAUGGGUCUUCGAGGGUAUGGGAAGGGCCACUUCUGGUAAUGAUGUAUUCAUUUGUGGUGCUCAUAGAUUCGAUGAUGAGCGUUGUGUUCUAUUUCAGUUGCCGUUCUUACAGCAUGGAAGCCUCCGGAGGGGAAACUCAGCCCAUUCUGGAAACUGUGGUUGUAACCAGUAGCUCUGUCGAUAUUACUAUCUAGUGAUGUUUGGAUACUGAGAUAUGUCUGUUCCAUUCGGGGAAGAGAUAGGAGGGGGAAUGUUACAAAAAUGGAAAGUUGGAUUUUUGACAUAAGAAAGAAGAAUGGUAUAUAUUUCAAAGCAGUGUAUAAACAGAAGGGGGCUUAUUUUAUUGAUAUUUAUUUACAUGGUUUGAAGAUA